UACCUAGCCUUCUGCGUGAACCUCAGUGACACCGGUCGUGGUGGUCCACCUACAGGUGCGGAUAUCUCAGGUCAAAUCUGACGGCUCGCAGAGACGCGCCGCCUGUCAGCUGGAAGUGCAGCCACCGCCCCUCGGACCGUCCGCGGCGCUCGUCCUCUCACCGGCCAGGAACCAUCCAGCCACGUCCAGCCCCACUGUGGAUCUUUAGCCCCGCAGGCAGGACAGUGGCAGAGGCAGAGCCGGACCCAUCGGGGAAUCGUCCAGCAGGCAGCGGGGCUCCAUGAGCGCAACGGGGCAGCAGCAAGGGGGGGCCCUGCGUUCUCGCCGAGGCCUUGUCCGGGACAAGGACCCUGGGCAGGGCAUGGGCAUGGAGGCGGCCUGCUGGCUGGCCCCCGGAGUGCUGCGCAGGCUGAUCGAGCUGCCCUCGCCCCCCCUGUCCCGACACCAGCUCAAGAGACUGGAGGAGCACAGGUACAGCAGCGCCGGACGCUCCCUCCUGGAGCCUCUGAUGCAGCGGUACUGGGAGUGGCUGGUGGGACGGGUCCCCGCCUGGAUCGCCCCCAACCUCAUCACCAUCAUUGGCCUGGCCACCAACGUCUUCACCACCCUCGUGCUCGUGUACUACUGCCCGACCGCCACCGAACAGGCUCCUCUCUGGGCGUACCUGCUGUGUGCCGUGGGCCUCUUCAUCUACCAGUCGCUGGACGCCAUUGACGGGAAGCAGGCCAGACGCACCAACAGCAGCUCCCCGCUGGGCGAGCUGUUCGACCACGGGUGUGACUCUCUCUCCACCGUGUUUGUGGUGUUGGGAACCAGCAUAGCAGUGCAGCUGGGCACCAACCCAGACUGGAUGUUCUUCUGCUGCUUCGCCGGGAUGUUUAUGUUUUACUGCGCCCACUGGCAGACAUACGUGUCGGGAACGCUGAGAUUUGGCAUCAUUGAUGUGACUGAGGUGCAAAUCUUCAUUAUAAUCAUGUAUUUGCUGGCCGCCGUGGGAGGAUCGGCUUUUUGGCAGUCACUGAUUCCGAUCCUAAACAUCCAGAUGAAAAUGGUUCCCGCCAUCUGCACUUUUUUAGGAGCCAUCUUUUCCUGCACCAAUUACUUUAGAGUUAUUUUCACAGGCGGCGUGGGCAAAAACGGAUCCACAAUAGCAGGAACCAGCGUCCUCUCCCCAGUCCUUCAUAUUGGUUCAGUCAUCAUUUUGGCCAUGAUGAUAUACAAAAAGUCUGCAGUCCAGCUCUUCGAGAAACAUCCAUGUCUUUAUAUCCUGGCGUUCGGCUUCGUCUCGGCCAAAAUCACCAAUAAAUUAGUUGUAGCACAUAUGACAAAAAGUGAGAUGCAUCUCCACGAUUUAGCCUUCCUGGGGCCAGGACUCCUCUUCCUGGAUCAGUAUUUCAAUAGUUUUAUUGACGAGUACCUGGUACUCUGGAUUGCACUGAUCAUUUCCUUCUUUGACUUGGUGCGUUACUGUGUCAGUGUUUGCAACCAGAUUGCCUGCCACCUUCACAUUUUCGUUUUCAAAAUCAAGCCUUGCUCAGUGCUCAGCGCCGCUCCUCACUGAGGACACGCCGGCCGCUACUGACUCUGCCUCUUCCCGUUAGUCGCACUCAUCUUUUCUUCCCUCUGAAUUCCACGUAGAGAAGCAGGGGUGUGGGGGAGCGGUGGUGUAAAGUAUGUGCUUCUGCCAACUGAAUGUGAGGACAAAUAAUAUAUAUAAAGAUACUGGAAUAUUACCGUCAUUGUUUCCUUUUCCACCUGUGCAGAAUUGAAUUUGUACCAGUUUCCAUUUUCUGCCCCGGUCAUCAGAAAAACGUCGCACAGACGAAUCUUUCAGGAGAGUACAGGUGCUACUCGGUGUGUACGCAGAGAGAAACAUGAGUGUGUUUUAAUUGUUUAUGUGCAACGGAAGAAAAACAAAAUGUAUAGAAGAUAAAUCAAACUCUUUGCUUUUCAUGAUUAUAAUUUCUUUUGUAAUAUUUGCAUAACUUGACCUUUUUGCUAUUGUAAAUACUGAACUGUUACAGUGUUUGUGCUUCUCUUUUAAGUUAAAAAAAAAAUCCUGCUUUGACACGUUUAUAAGGAAAAAAAAAACAAACAACCCUUAAUGUGUGCAAUUUUAAAGCAACUUCAUCUCCUGCUGGUGCAGCAGCGGAACGCGGCGCUGGAGGAAACUCGGUGUCAACUUGAUUUCUGCUUCGUGUAACAUUUCAAAGUGUCUUAACGGUUCUGUGCAGAAGAUCCACUGCCAGGGUUUUCUCAGUUACAUUUGCUAAAGGCUUUCUGUUGGCUGUUUUAGGUCAAGUGGGGUUUUGAUGAGUCAGUGUUAUCUUUUUUUUUUUUUCUCCAAAUAUAUUCAAUUGAACAUAAUAUUUCUGUUCAUGCUCCAUUACAACCAUUUCCUUGUAUUGUUUUUUAUUUCCAUUGUGACUUCAGAAAACAAAGAAACAGUAGCUGGGUGAAAUCCACUGAUGUUUUUGGUUUUACAGAUGUGCGUGAAAGGUCUCAAAAUACAGUCUGACUCUCAGGUUUGGAUCGACUUCUUUCAUGUUAAAGUUGUGCACGUUCGGCUUCACACUUCUGCCGUUCUCUUUCAGCCCUUCCUGAUGUUGUUGUUUGUGGGCGGUUGGCAGAAAACGGGUCAUUUCAGGAAACGGUCAGACAAAAGUAAUCUAUUUAUAAUAAAAGUAACUGAUAGCUUUCUUGACUCUUUAAACAGAACUCUACUUGCUGCUCAGUAAAAGGAAUCUCGUGAUUCUGAUUCAUAUCAUUAAAAAGAAACUUGUUCAGUUCAGCAGUGACGCUGCAUUAAUCCUGUUUGAUGCCUGAAAAUAUCCACCCAGAGACACAGAUUACACGCAUUAGAUCGACAAACCGUUGGGUUUUGUUUUUUUUUUUUUUUUUGAUGGUAUUUGUUGACAAGAUGUCUCGAGCGUCGACAGACUGCAACCUGAACAGCACAGUCCUUCCUGCGUGACUUGACUGGAUCAGUAUUACAGCGACGUGUUUGACACUCGGUUUCCUCCAAAGCGGCCGCGGCGGCGGGUCGGGUUAACCGGUUCAGACGAGGCCGCACACUGAAGUCGACGGUUUACCAGGUUGCGACUGAGAACCUGAUCAAACGUCAUACAGCAUGUUUUGAAACGCGGCCGCUGCUCGCUCUGCUUCCACGUCCUCAUCUGAUACUGUUAGUGUGUUGAACGCUGCUGCUGCUGGACGGGACCCGCGGUGAACGGUGGCUCGACGUCCACCUGGAGGACAUCAGCUUCGUACUUCUGCAUCUUGUGCCUGUUAUUUUUUUGUCUUUCUGCUCCAUCUUCAGUGCUUGUUGCCUCCACGGUGUGUUUGAAAUGAGCCGCGAUGCCAACCGGCGUCUUCCUGAGAGUGUCUCUGUCUUAAUCUGUGGAAUUUGUGUUCAGGUUUUUGUUUGUGAAAUGUUUUGACCCAUAAGUUAAAGAGCAGCUUCACCGAAACGUUUUGCUCUGUGGUUUGAUUCAUUUGUUGGUAGAUCUGAACAGCAAAGACAUAACUUUCAGUUCAAAAGCUGUAAGAGACGUUUGUAUGUUACAAGAAGGGGAAGAGUCAAAAUGAGAAUAAAACUGAUUAUUUUACAUGAGAAAAGUUGCAGUUGUUGAAACGUGUCAUAUUCAGAAAUGUUUGAAAUGAAGUAUUUAAGAACAUGAAAGUAAAACAGAAAAAAAAUCUGUUCCCUGAAGUGGAUGGAUGAAAAAAUGUUCCAACUAAAGCAGAUAUUUAUGUGAAAAUUCACAUUUUCAUGUAAAUUAAAUAAUCCUUUUUUUUUGUACUAGUACCAGAAGAAUGAAAUUUUAAUGACAAAAUUAUAAUUUAUGUGAGUGAAGAAUAUAAAGCAGGUAUAAAAUGUCUUCAUCAAAUAUGGAAAAGCUUUGGUUAUAGUUGUAGUCUAAAGGUAUAAAGAAAAAGUUAACCUUUUCCGAGACGUCUGCAUAAAGACACUUAAAUUUUUCGUUAAUUUCUCAAAGCUUUGGGCUUCGCAGAUUAAAUUUAGCAUGAUUUUAUACAGCCUGAAACAAUAGAUGACUGUAGUGUGGCUGCUGCGGUUUCAGGGGAGUCCUCUGUAGUAAAUGGGUGUAAUUUCAUCUUCUUAAUGAAAAAAAAAAAACAAUACAUGACAGCUGUGUCUCACUGUAAGUGA